UGGCUGUAGAAGGGGAUCCCAGUGGCACGUUGCCGCUAUUAGAAGAUCAGGCGCUUGCAAGACCAAACAGAGAAUUAUAUUCUCACUUACAUUUUUUUUGCGCUGCAGCAUCCACAAAAGGGGUGCAAUGUGGUAGAUCAUGUAGACCGAGUUCUUUUUUUAAUUUACUUUAGUUUUAAUUUUUUUUACUUUGCGGGAUAAAAACUAUAUCUGGUCCUGCGGCGUUUCAUUCAUAUCUUUUGUGAUCAAGUGCGAACUUUGUAAACUCUCUGAAAUUAUAUAACGCCGAACAUAUAACGCAGAAAUCACCAUGAGUGAGCAGAGUAUCUGUCAGGCGCGGGCUGCUGUCAUGGUAUAUGAUGACGCCAAUAAGAAGUGGGUUCCGGCUGGUGGAUCCACAGGCUUUAGUCGAGUCCACAUCUACCACCACACUGGCAACAACGCCUUCAGAGUAGUGGGCCGAAAAAUUCAGGACCACCAGGUGGUAAUAAACUGUGCCAUUCCCAAGGGGCUGAAGUACAACCAGGCCACACAAACGUUUCACCAGUGGCGAGAUGCACGGCAGGUGUACGGCCUUAACUUUGGCAGCAAAGAGGAUGCCAAUGUAUUUGCCAGUGCCAUGAUGCAUGCCCUGGAGGUGCUGAACUCUCAGGAUGCAGGCCCCCCGAUGCCAAGACAGACCCCUCAGGUGCAGAAUGGCCCAUCACCAGAGGAGCUGGAGGUGCAGAGAAGGUAAAAACCAAAGUUACAGACACUGACUGCAGUAAACCAUAUAAACUUGGGUUAAUAGCUUGAAUCACAAUGACAUCUACAAAACACCUUGCACCCCAUGAAAGAACACGUGCACUCACAGAUUACGAGUUGACAUCUGCAUGUGUGAUGGUGAGAAUAUGAACCAGGUGAACUCUCACACUGAUAGAGCAGCAAUGUAAUGUUAAUGUCUGUUGGACUAAGUUCAGUUAAAUCGCCACUUUGAAGCCCUGAAUUCGCUUUUUCAUGAGCGUGUUUUAUCAAGAUUUCUGUGGACUUCAAAGGAUGACGGAGGCUGUUACUCAUCACCCUGGUCUCGUUAUCGAAAAGAUUUUCUGCAGCGAGUUCCCAAAGGAAGCAGCAGUCAAGGUUGAGGCUGCUUGACUGGAAUAUACAUGCUCAAAGCUCACUACUUGCUUAUCAGAGUUUUCUUUCAAAUUUUUGCUUUAAUAAUAGAUUGCCAUUGAUGCAGCUAUUGCAUCUCUAUUGGUUUUCAUUGCAGUAAUGCUUUUUUUAACAAAGGAGCAGAAAGGCUAUGAAAAUCCUUCUGCCCAAUUUUUUCUUUUGUUUAAUGUAAACGACAGAUCAUUCACAUUAAGAGUUGAGACAUUUAUUAUGUAAAAAAAAAUCUAUUUUAAAAUUGUGUUGUCGUUAAUGACUUGAUGAAAGUUAUUAGCCUUUGCCUCGACGGAGAGCAGAUCUUCUACAGAUCUGCUAUGUGAGUGUUUCUCCCUCAGUGAUGCAUCAUUCCAUGAGACGAACCCAAGGGAGUCUGGGAUGCUCUGUUGAAUACGGAAUAUGAUCUCAGUCUUUUGAUGGUGACUCAGCAGUGCUCAUGUCCUACUUCUCUGCUACAGAAGAAAUGUUCAAUCUUCACAGGCUUUAUCUGCAGAGCCCCUGCAGCCUGUUAAACAUUAACCAUUGGUGUAUUCCCUGCGUGCUGUGAGCCAGGCGAGGACGGCGUUGGACAAUGCAGCGCGUCCUGCAUAACAAACAUUGUUUGGCUUUUUCUCUCAAGACUGAUAGCUCCACGGCAUACUGAAGCGCCCCGAGGAGGGUGCACAGCUUCAGUACACUGCAGACACCAUUUAUAAUUUAUAAUCAUCAAGCAGGUGUUUUGGGAUUUAUUAAAAUAGUGUGGGACAGACAGUGCUUUCUCUUGCAUGGUUAAAUGCUGUGGGGGUUUAAUAGCUCUGGCCUUCCCUUCAGAACUGGCUGUUUUUACACACAUAAUGUUCUGUGAAGUAAUUUCGAAGUAGUUUUGUAUUUUAGUGUUUAAUGUUGGGUCAGAUUAAAAUAAGAUAUUCAAUAGAUUGGAAAAAUAAAUGAUGGGACCCAUCCAGUUUCAUUAUUGUUGGUUUAAAAUAAUAUAUUUUUAAUAUUUU